AUAUCGAUGUUCGUCACUGUGCAGGAAGAAGGGGGUAGAUGAAACGAGUGGUAGCUGGCGACGCCACUCGUCCUUUUAAAUGCUCACUACUUCGUCUAAGACCUUCUCAUUCCCACACAGUUCAGAUCGUUCAAGUGGGACAAGAUGGCCCCCGGCACUGCAUUGCUUCCCACGAACGAGGCGACCCUGAGGGCGAGCUUCGUGCGGGACGAGGACGAGCGACCCAAGGUGGCCUAUAACCAAUUCAGCAGCGACAUCCCGGUGAUCUCGCUCGCCGGGGUUGACGACGAGGACGGGGCCACCGGCGGGCGGAGGGCGGAGAUCCGCCGCAAGAUCGUGGAGGCCUGCGAGGACUGGGGCUUAUUCCAGGUGCUGGACCAUGGAGUGGACGCCGGCAUGAUCUCCGAGAUGACCCGGCUCGCCCGGGAUUUCUUCGCGCUACCCCCCGAGGAGAAGCUCCGGUUCGACAUGUCCGGCGGAAAAAAGGGAGGCUUCAUCGUGUCCAGCCAUCUCCAGGGUGAGGCAGUGCAGGACUGGCGAGAGAUCGUGACUUACUUCUCGUACCCGAUCGGAGCUCGGGACUACUCGAGGUGGCCGGAUAAGCCAGAAGGGUGGAGGUCGGUGGUGGAGUCAUACAGCGAGAAGCUGAUGGGGUUGGCGUGCAAGCUGCUGGAGGUGUUGUCGGAGGCAAUGGGGCUCGACAAGGAAGCCCUCACCGAUGCCUGCGUAGACAUGGAUCAGAAGGUGGUGGUCAACUACUACCCCAAGUGCCCCCAGCCCGACCUCACCCUCGGCCUCAAACGCCACACCGAUCCCGGUACCAUCACCCUCCUCCUCCAAGACCAAGUCGGCGGACUCCAAGCCACCAAGGACGGCGGCAAGACGUGGAUCACAGUUCAGCCCGUGGAGGGAGCUUUCGUCGUCAACCUCGGGGACCAUGGCCAUUAUCUGAGCAACGGGAGGUUCAAGAACGCGGAUCAUCAGGCGGUGGUGAACUCGAGCUGCAGCAGGCUGUCGAUCGCCACGUUUCAGAACCCAGCGCCGGAGGCGAUCGUGUAUCCCCUGGCGAUAAGGGAGGGAGACAAGCCGAUCCUGGACGAGCCCAUCACGUUCAGCGAGAUGUACCGUAGGAAGAUGAGCCGAGAUCUCGAGCUUGCCAACCUCAAGAACCUGGCCAGGGCGGAGCAUCAGCGGCUGGAGUUGCCGGAGAAUGCCAACGACAUCAAUGUAGCAAAGGCGAAAUGCCUAAAUGAGAUCCUAGCUUAAUAUAUAUGCUAUAGGUCUAUGCCAUCUCUCACGUCCGAGCCACAUAGUUUCCCGUCCGUGCGACGGUGAAUGCUGUAAUAAGAUUUCGAGUACUCAGAUAUCUAUAAAAAAAUGUUCCGCAAUUAAAUUAA